AUGACGCAACCACCGCCAUCAACCCCUACACCUCGUCGAUUCCUGUUGUCCAAAAGAACUCCGGCGUCGCAGCAGCAGACACCGGGCAGUGGUCCACCCGUCUUCGCUGGCAGUCAGCGCUUCCAGCCAACGCCCCGGUUCGCCCCUCCUUCGUCGACUCAGCGGCCUCCCCCGACGCCCGUGUUCCCCGGUUCACUCCGACCGUCGAGACACAGAAACCCGAUUCAUGAUGCUCUAGAUAGCUCGCCCACUGAUGCGCCCGCCUCGGCGACGCGGCCGACGCUAGGCGCUGGGACGCAGAGGCAGAAUCACAGGAUCGAUAUCGACUCUGACGGUAGCGAUUCGCCGCCAGAGGAGGAUCAGGAUGAACUUCCACCGAUGGUUGUCGCGGUGAAUGAUUCAAUCGAGAUUGAGUCGGAGCCGCCUAGUGUUCUGCACAGCGGAAUUGAGGAGCGGACACCGAAAAGGAGAAGAAUUUCAGUCUCGCCAGCAUUGAGCUGGCAGGAGGAGCUCCAGGAAGAUGUCACGAUGGGAUAUUUAGAAGAAGAAGAGCCCCUGCCACAGAAAAGCGAAUCGGGUAAUGAGCAGCUGCCAGAUGCCGAUGAGGACCUUCCACUCGGCAUGAAUCCUGGUCAGACGGACGACGACUUGACGAUCCCCCCUCGCACUGCAGGAGACCCAGCAAAGACCCAGCCCACAUUUCAUCGCGCCCCCCGUUUCAAGGUGUCCGAGGCGGACGCAGUCCGGCAAGAGGGCCUACCUGAAGCCUUCUCGCCACAGCGACGUGGCGCGAAAUAUGUCGCCGGGGGGCUCGCGGCUGAGCUGCAGACCUGGUUGGCGGAGGUCAAGGGCUGGACGGGUGGUAAUCGUCCGGCGGACCUGGUCAUGAGCAUUGCCGUUGACGAAGUUCGUCAUGGGAACAGGAUGUGUCUCGUUCGGGGACGGAGAAUCGUAGCGGACGGGGCUGCGAGGGAGGAGAUUGCGGCACGGCUUAUGCUGGCUGGGGAGGGGCAGUUGACGGGGCUGGGCCAGAAGAGUCCUGUCGCAGUGGGUGGUGUCGUUGCCAUCUCGCAGCCUGCGUGGGAAAUUGAGCUGCAGGACGGUAGAUGGAUUGUUGCGUGUGACUGGGCGGUCUCGUAG